CAACCAAUCAGAAGGAAGGUCAAAAUAAGUCCGUGUUAAAAGUGUACGACGAAAAAAAUUUCCAACUCAAUUUUGAAGAAAAAUCAACAAAAUAAGCAUAAAUGUGAUACUUUGGAAUGAGCCAGAGGCCAACAGGCGGUAGGGGGAGACGGCCAGACAGGGAGAAUGCAUCAUAUAACUCGCAUGGUGGACCAAAUGGUUCGAAAUCAGAUUCGAAAAAUUCAGAAUCAAAUUCGAAGUCCAACUCGAACUCGCACGACCGUUCACCUCACGCCGUGAAAGAUGAAAAGAGAAGCCGAUUGCCACCUCCCAGACCGUCUAUUAAGCAGAGAGAUUCAAAGUUUGACGGUGAAAGAAGAAAAGAUGGAGACAGAGGAGGCUUCAAGCAGUCUCGAGGUGAAGGAAUAUCAAUUCAAAAAUCUCCAAAAAACGAAAGUGGAAAAUUAUCUGGAAUUGGUGGGGCAUAUGCACGAGAAUUUGUGCCAGCAGAGAACAGAAAAAUAUCAGAUAACCUAAAGGGUCCGCCAGAUGAGUCGCGUUUGGCCAGAAUAUUGAGAAGGGUGCAGAGAGAUGAAGAUAAAGAACGGAGAAUGGCAUCAGUUAAACAACUUCAAGAGUAUUUACUUAUACCAGAAAAUGGCAAGGCAAUAAUGAAGGCAUCUGACCAGAUGUUGGCUGCAUUGCAAGAUGUCUUCCAUGAAAGGACGUAUCGAGAGAUCAAACAAGGUGUGGCAGAGUGUCUUGGUAUUCUGGGGGGUGUCAUGGGAAUUGAUGCACACAGGUACUUUCAAUGGCUGUUUGGUAAGCUAGACUCUGCCAUUGCCGAGGAGGUGAAGGGAUUAUUCCUCAAAGCACUAUUAGAAACAUUACGUUUUGAUGAGCACAAGCAAGUCUUGAAUGACUUCACACAGAUGAUAAUGACAAAUGUUCAGGGCAUCCUUGAAUGUGCAGACUCCCCGGAUCUCCUCAUGUCCGUAGUAGAUGUCAUUCUCUUCAUAUCAAAGGUCUAUCCCCACACAUUUGCUGCACAUUUUAGAGACACUGUAGAUAUCUUAGUAGGCUGGCAUAUAGAUGCAACACAGAAAGACAAGUUAAUUCAGUAUACAUCAGAUGCCCUUGUUCACUUCCAUACAUUUUGGGUGGCUGAUAUAUCAUUCUCCAUCACUCUACUUGGGCAGUUCCUUGAGGAUAUGGAGGCUUAUUCUGAAGAUCUGGGUAUAGGCCUUGGUGGUCAGGUGUCUUCCGAUGAUGACGUACCUUCUCCAGAAGAAUGUGUUGCCAAACUAGCAGCUUUAUUGCGUGUAUUCUCCACUGUUGUCCGUAGUCUUGGAGACCACUUUACAGCUAUGUAUGGGCCUCCAAUCACACAGGAGUACCAGAAUGAGUUGAUGGAUAGAACAGUGAAAUGUGUUCAGCAUGCUAACUCCUGUCUCUACUCUGAGCAAACCAGUCAUACAGCAAACCAAUGUCUGUUGUUGAUGGUUGACUCAAUAGACAGCUCUCACCCUGACAGUUAUGACGUGUUAUUGCAAUAUAUCAUAAGUCAGGUUGAGUCAAGACGUCAGAGUUCAUAUUCAUACCUUAUGGUAUUGCUGGACCUUAUACAGAAGGUGAUAGAGAAAGCAAGCACACAUCUUCCAGUGUCUUUUAUGACGCGUUUGAUUGGCCCAGAUUCCCGGUUUCUCACCCUCAGAUUUCACCAUGACUCCAGCGUGCUCAACAAACUACUUGGAGUAUACCAGGCCAUUAUGAACCUGAAGAGUGUUCCACUACUGACUGAAGCAUACAGACUUGUCCAAGCUGACAUUGAAGUGGCUUACAAUACUUUGGCAGAAAAGGCAAAGGAGAAGGAUAAGUUGGAACUUGUACAGAAUAAUCCAUUUGUUGAGGGAGAUGUGACAAGUGAGCAGGCAGAGACGAUUAUUGUGUUCAACCUUUGUGCUUUAGCAGAGGUUGGCAACACAAAGAGUAAUUUAAUAGGGAUGUGGGCACUGACGCCAUCUAUAUUUGAGCUGCUCUCACAAAACUUGUUACCUUUCCCUUCCAAAGUGUCGGAGCAAUACCCAGCAGUGCAAUAUGCAGUUUUACACACUCUACAGUCCCAUUGUGUCAGACAUGGUCACUUUAUAUCAAGUAGUACAUUAGUGGGAGAAAGUAAUAGUACUGGAAUGAUGUCAACAACGAGUGACAACCUGGCUGUUCUAUUACAUCUACUCACCCAGUUGUUGUCCCAACCUAAUAUUGCCUAUGACAGCAUAGUUCUUGGUCUACAGUGGAUGAGAGACAUUGUCCAGGCACUAGAGAAUAGCACUCAUGUCUACACCAACGCACAGUUCCUCCAAGCCAUACAUACUGUCAUUAACAUGGGAUAUGAUCGGCAGAAAAUAAUCCGUCUUGAAGCAUGUCGAUGUUUAGACCUACUGUUCAACUUAGCCAUUGAUGCAGGAACCUCAAAACUUAACCUGCCAGUCCACAUCAUAAACAGAGUACUUGAGUUGUGUUGUACUCACAGAGUUGACUCAGAUUGUGACAUCAGAGCAAAGUUUGCCAUCUUGGAGAGAUACGUUCCAUUGGAUGUAGCAUUCAGGUUUAGCAAAACAUUGGGUUACAUUGCCAAACAGCGUAAAGACCACUGCAACAAAGCUGUCCUUGGUUCCAAAUCUGUGCCCCACAUUCGGGGUUUACAAGCAGGUUGUCUAGCACGUAGGGGUCACAUGGUUAAGAUUCCAGCAGUUACCUUCCACUCAAACAAUUUCCGCUGUGUCAUGAAUUAUGUACUGACCAAUAUUAACCAGUCAAUGCAUAAUGACCUUAGUUGGCUUGAGGGAGUGUAUCAGACAUGUCAGCAUAAAGAAAAAGAAUUAGAAGUAAAGGAGACCGCUAACUCAUUAAGUUCAAUGGUUGAUGGUAAUGACUCCCUUCUUUGGUUCUGGGCAAUGGCUGAAUCUGCACAAUUCUGUGUCCUCGCUAAACUACGCACUCCCCUCGGGAAGCCCCAGGAUACAUUCACCAAGAUAGAGGGCGCUUUGAAAGCAUAUGCAGUUCAGCUGAAACAUGGGGAGAAAGAAGAGAAAGGAGAAGAUGAAGGUGAGAAAUCAAGUGCUGCCCCCUAUGAAGCUUUACUAAGGGCACAUCUGCUUAUCUACUUCAUGGAAGUUCUUGAAAAACAGCUGUACAAUGCCUACGAGGGUACAGCUGUAGCGAUGGCCGGAACACCCAAAGCGGUGCGCACAUUUUUCCGGACAAACCGCAACACAUGCCAAGAAUGGUUGACUCGUGUUAGGAUGUGUAUAAUUGCCAUAGCGAGCAAAUGUGACCAACCGACAACAGUGAUUAGACAAGCGUUUGAACUUCUGAAUGAAAUGAAAGUCAACAAUCACACCCAGGGCCCCGAGUUUGAGCGUGUAGUAAUGAGACUUGUGGAGGCUUUGUGUAAGCUACGCUGUCCUGACGCUAUACAAGGGAUCUAUAUCUGGUGCAAGGACAUCAUUGGGCGCAAGAUGUCCUGGAUCAAAUCUGCCAUAGACAAAGCAUGGGGAAGACAUGAAGAAGCUGCCCAGUCUUUCAAGAACCAACUACGCACCUAUGUCACACCUGAGUCCAUGUUCGAAGAUGGAAAAGCAACUGAGGAUUCUUCCCCAGAGGGGUCCCCACAAUUGAGCCCAAAAAAUGCUGACAUGUUCCCUCGCAGAAUGAUUUUGAGCAAGAAUUAUGAGCCAGAUCCUGUUAUGGUCACUUACUUAGCUACUGAGGUUGCUGAUUGUUAUAAGAAACUGUGUUGCUGGGAUGAUGUUUUAGCCUGGCAGGAGACUUUGCAACAGUAUCGUCAUGAUAGCACCUCAGACUCACUACAGAAUGCCUACAACUGCAAUGUUGACAUCAACUGCAUAAAAGCACUGUCCAGUUUUGAAAACCUUCAAUACCUUGAAACUAAAGAACAUCUGGAGCUUAUACCAGGGGGCUCCCUUGGGGAUUUAACUCAUGAAGCCCCCAAUGAGGGCCUCCUAUGGUCCCCUGAGGUUGUCCUAGAGCAGAGCCACCUACAGUUGAUGAAGGUGAUUACUAUGUGUGAGACAGAUGACUGGAAACCAAAAAGAGAGAACCUUUUGGGCUGCCUAGACCUUAGUGCCGAAUUAGCAGAGAGUGUACUGAGAGUUGGAAGUUUUGAUUGGCCACCUCAUAUUGACCCUGAGGCCAUCUAUCUUCUACAGGAGGCAACUACAUUAACAUCACUUCUCUCAAGAUCAGCAGAGUUGAGGUCUGUACCCUACAGUGAGAGGCUGUCCCUUGAUCCCAAAGAGCAUGAUGUUGGUCUGUUACAACAGGUCACAUCCAUGGCUAAAGUGCGGGAGCACCUGCGUAGUCAGACCUUUGAAUAUAGCUCAGCAGAGGGCCAGAGUCAGUUGGUACAGCUCCAGAUGGCUUGUGUCACCCUGGCAAGGAAACAACAUAACUUCAAACUGGCCCAUAAGCUACUAAUGCAGCAGAUAAACAGCUCCUUUUAUGGUCAAGUUGAGAAUGGUCGUGUUAACCAAUCAGAUCCCAUCAUCUCAGCGCUGUCAACAAUCAACACUUCAACAGUUAUAACUGAACAACGCAACAUGUUGAAAAUUGAGCGCGAAUCAGCGAAAUUAUUACAUGCCACGAGUAAUCAAAAAGAGGCUGUUGAAACAAUUAGCAAAAGUAUCUUGACUCAUCUCACGAUAAAACCUGAUGAACUGUCGAUGAGUGAAAAAAAUGAUGAAAGCAUUUGUAGUGAGAUGAAUGCCAGGUCAAUUCUAACAUUGGUCAAAUGGCUUCAGGGGGACAAUAAAUAUUUGACAUCAUUAGCAAGCCAAAUGAAACAGAAUGGCCAGGGGGAGGAAGCUGGAAUGUCCGUAACAGCCCGUAAUUUAUUGAUGCUGCUUGAGACGGAGAAAGGAAGUACAGGGAACAGACUAAUCUUUGAACAUCAGGGGCUGAACCUCGGAGAGGGUGGUUUAUUGAGUGACAGUGAUGUCCUGGUUGGAAGGCUCUUACAUCUCAGCACCUUACAGUCUUCAACACUAGCUAAGUCCUGGUUCUCAUUUGCUGGCUGGAGCUACAAGUGGGGUCGUAAAGCUGUGGAUAGUGCAAGCCAUGGUAGCCCAGUAGAGUUGUCUAUAUCCGAGAGGAACGAGAUCUUGUCCCUCCUCCCCAAAGGCACUAGUGUCCCAGAUACUGAGACUGUAUACUCUGUAUUGAGCCAGGUCCAUGCUGCAAUCUCCAGUGAAGAGGACAUAAGUGACCAGGAUCAGUCCCUUUAUGAUGACGGGUCUGAGACAACAAGGAAACAACUUCUCUCCAGUUGUCUACCACUACAAGUAGCCAGUGAUGAAUGCAUAGAUAAAUUGCUGGCCAUUUGGAAGAGGGUUGUGGGAAGGGUCUACUGCCAUUAUGAUGCUUCAGCUAAAGCCUACUUUACAUAUCUAAAGCUGAAUGGACAGGGAAGCGAUGACCAGGGUAAUAUGGAUGGUAACAUCACAGCCACUCUGCGUCUCCUGAGGCUGCUAGUGAAACAUGCCUGGGAGCUGAGGGGGGUACUAGAGGAUGGUCUGGCACAUACACCCACUGCACCGUGGAAAGGCAUCAUACCACAGCUGUUCUCUCGUUUGAAUCACCCCGAGCAAUAUGUCCGCCAGAGUGUAUCUGAUCUACUAUGCCGAGUGGCUCAUGAUGCACCCCAUCUUAUAGUGUACCCAGCUGUUGUGGGGUGUUCAACAGUUCAAGCUGAUGUCACCAAGGAGCUCAAUAGAGAUAAAAUUCUCAAUGACUAUCUUCCCACUGAUACUGCUCAAGAUGGCGAUAAUGAAAAUGAGACUGAAAUGGAUGUGAGUAAUUUACAAGAGGAUUCUGGGAAGACACCAGAUGAGGAUGAUGAUGUUGGUCAAGAAAUUGGAAUAGAGGGCAGCACUGAACUUCAGAAUUGCUUCACGUUGAUUGUGGACACAUUGGCGCAACAUAACUCACAAAUGAUCACUGAGGUUCAGCUGUUGGUCCAGGAGUUACGUCGUAUCACUCUACUCUGGGAUGAGCUAUGGCUGGGGACUUUAAACCAGCAACAUCAGGACGUGACACGCAGGAUCUCACAACUGGAGAAUGAGGUUAAGAAAGUCAUGAACAACACCUCACUAAGCAAGGAGGAGAAAUCUGCAAUUAUCAGGGAGAAACACAAGACAGUAUUGAAACCUACUGUCUAUACAAUAGAACGUCUUCGUGAGAUCACUUCCAAUACCCCAGAGACAGGACAUGAACAGUGGUUCCAGAAUUCUUUCAGUAAGACCAUCGAUGAUGCCUUCAACAAACUUAGUAACCCUAACAACCCAUGUAAUCCCCAGAGCAGCUGGCAGACAUUCAAACAGCUACAUCACACCCUCCAACAAAGGGCCAAUAAGAGAACCAGUCUUGUGCUUCGUAUGGACCAGAUCACUCCAAAGCUGUCCUCUAUGAAAGACACUGUGAUUGCCAUGCCUGGACUAGGCACAAGUGGGGACGUCAUCACAAUAGGCUCUAUACACAAUGUCUGUCAGAUCUUACCUACAAAGACUAAACCAAAGAAGUUGAUCUUCAUUGGAUCAGAUGGGAAAAAAUACUCAUACCUUUUCAAGGGCCUGGAGGACCUGCACUUGGAUGAGAGAAUCAUGCAAUUCCUCUCCAUAGUUAACAACAUGUUUGCAAAGUCUAACAAGGGUGACAAGAUGUUGUAUCAUGCCAGACACUAUUCCGUGACACCACUAGGACCUCGCUCUGGCCUCAUACAAUGGGUAGAUGGAGCUACUCCUUUGUUCAGUUUGUACAAAAGAUGGCAGCAGCGAGAGGCUUUAGCCAAUCAGAAACCCCAGAGCACUGGCAGCUCCACCAAUCAAGUAGUUGUUCCUCGCCCAAGUGAGGUUUUCUAUAAUAAGCUCACCCCUGCACUGAAGGAACAAGGCAUUACUAAUCUGGACAAUAGAAAGGAAUGGCCCCAGGCUGUCACUAGGAAAGUCCUAGAAGAUUUGAUGAAAGACACACCCAAAGAUUUGCUUGCAAGGGAGAUGUGGUGCUCCAGUACCAGCUCAGCUGAAUGGUGGCAAAUGGUGCAGACAUAUUCUCGCUCUACUGCCGUCAUGUCUAUGAUUGGCUAUAUCAUUGGUCUUGGAGACAGACAUCUUGAUAAUUUGCUAGUUGAUCUGGCAACUGGAGAGGUUGUCCAUAUUGACUACAAUGUGUGUUUUGAGAAAGGAAGCAGUCUAAGAGUGCCAGAGAAAGUGCCAUUUAGGAUGACACAGAAUCUAGAGAUUGCCCUGGGUAUAACUGGAGUAGAGGGAACAUUUAGAGUAGCCUGUGAGCAUGUCAUCAAGACAAUGCGCAAAGGACGAGAGACUCUUUUGACGCUAUUGGAAGCAUUUGUGUAUGACCCACUUGUUGAUUGGACAACUGGGAAUGAGGCUGGGUACACAGGAGCAUUCUAUGGUGGUGGACAGGGAGCACAGGGAAAUGAAAAUCGCCAGAGUAAAAAGGAAAUGGAGCGUGAGAUUACACAGAGCAUGUUCUCCAUACGUGUAGCUGAGAUGAAGGCCCAAUGGCUCAAAAAUAGGGAAGACCUUAAAGCUGCCAUCCCUAAACUCCAAGAUGCAGUUGAGAAGCUGCACAAGACUCAGGGUGAGGUGCACCAAGCCAAGGAUGAGAUAGAACAACUGAAUGAGAUCUGUAUUGUACUUGAUAAAGCUGCAGAUGAUGAUCAGCAUGACAUCUAUUCAUUAGGUGAUAGAUAUGCUGAGUACUCAGUCAUCCAAAGCACCCGUCUUUCUGUUCAGUCUGCCAUACAGGACAAACUCAACGAAUGUGACACGUGGCACAGCUUACAUAAGUAUGCUCUGAGCACUAUACAAGGUAUUGCACUACAGAAGCUAUGUGCUGAAGCAACCAUGUCUCUCGAUGUAGGUGUACCAAGCUAUGUCCCAGCGGUGGAGUUCCUCCAGGGAGCAGGGCAGGCUCAGACUGUCACACAGUGUGAGGCUAUUGAGGGGGAAUUAGUGACAUUACUGCACCAACAGCAAGCCAUAGUUCGCAACUGCCUUGAUGUUCUACAUUCAUACGCCACUAUAGUAUCCCAGCUUCCUGCUCGUUAUGUUGAAGAGAAUCGCAUACCUAGAUGGCAGCACUGGUUGGAGGGCCUCAUAUCUGACUUUACAUCCGAGAAGUGUAAAGAGGUUGUGCACGAGUUCCAAGAGAUGUAUGAUGUUACCACUCAGGCGCAUCCAACAACACCUGGGGUAUUAGCAAUGGAGCUGAGACUACAGGCCCUUAUUGCAGACACAAACACUAAGCUGAUACAGCUGCUUGAGAGAAGGUCCAUGGGUAUAGAGACAUCCCUACUGGGGGUUCAGGUCCAGGAGAGCAUGAAUGGACUACAUCUCUAUGUAUCAGAGAAUGGUAAAGCUGGCAGAGUAGGGCUUGGUAAUGUUAUACUGACUGCUCUGUGUGGACUCAGCAAGAGAUACCUCAUCAUGGAGGGCGCUGCUGCAGCUGCUGGAGAAAGACUUAUGGAUCUUACAUCAAGGGAGGGAGAUUGGUUCUUGGAUGAGCUUUAUAGCAUGAGUGGCAAUAUUCAUCAGCUGCUAGCAAUGUAUUCAGACAUUACACUCAUGGAUGAGAAUUUCAAUGAUGAGCUAGACAAGGAGAAGAUUACUCAACUGAUGACAGCCUUACAGAGAACACACACUCUCUACACUGGACUGCAGGAGUUAAAUAGUAACUUCAGAAACAUUAUUCUCCCUGAGACGCUGAAAACCAUCCAGGCUGAAGACCCCACUGUGAUAUCAUCUCUGGAAAGUCUCGCAGCCAUUGUUAAUAAUUGUGACACUCCGUUGAAUGAUGUUGUGUCGCAACUUGAGCUUCAAUUACGGAACACUAUCCUUGGAAUGGAGACUGACUUAGGAGUGAUGACGUUAGUUAAAAAGCUACAGGCAGAUUUCAAUUACCUUUUGCAAGGUCAUGACCCUGAAUACAAUGAGUUGACCUCAGGUCAGAUGUUACUGAUGGGGUUCAAUGGUUUGUUCACAAGGCUAGAUGCAGACUUCUCUGACAUGUUAGAGGCCAUAUCUUCCAUCGAUGUACCAGAUAUUUGGCGCAAGGUGGAUGUCAUACAAGAAGCUAAAUCUCUACAGCUGUCAGCGUUUAAUGAGUCUACCAUAGGUCUGAUAUGCAACCUAUUCUUUGUGAAGCGUCUCCAGGCAAUGUCAGAGUUCUUCACCCUCUGCCAGGCACAGGCUUCUGCACUGUUAGGUACCAAAGAUUGUGUUCUGCAUGAUGAUGAAUAUCUCGCUAAACCAGUAAAAGAAUUCAUCGCAGAAUAUGUAAGAAAGCAAGUGAUAGGCCUACCAUCUCAGACUCUGGGUUACAUCAUGUGUGUCAUCAUCAAUGCAUCGGGUGUGGACGUCACCGCAGAGAUAGAGCUUAAAGACAUUGGAGCCGACAGCAAGGUUGGCAUAGAGGACCUUUGUACUAAAUUAGUGGAGUACAACCUGAAGGAGAAUGUCUUCCAACGAGUUCAUUUGACGCAGGGCAGCUCGUUACUAAGUACCCAUGAUGCAAUUUGGCGCAAACAGGAUUUGGCCAGUCGUCUGGAUAAUAACAUUGGUCCACUCAAGUCUAGCCUAACACGUGCCCAGGUACAGCUGGCACGUUAUGAAUGGUUGCAUGAGGAUAUACUCACCAAGGCUGGACAUCAACUGAACCAGAUGAUGUUACCCAGUAGAUCUAAUGUUAUGUCAGAACUCAGGAAGUCAGUGCAGGCCUUGAUGUCCCAUGAGGCAGCAGUGCUAGGUGUGCAGGAGAAGUAUCUCCUAUUGGAGGCAAGUAUCAGUCAGAGGUUGAAGUGGGCCUCUGGGGCCAAUCAGAACCUUCAAGCUGUACAUAGCAACUUUGAAGAGGCCCAGGCAACUAGGAAUGUCUUCUAUGAGAAGCAGAUAAUGUUGGCAGCUGAUGUUACUAAGAUCUGUAACGCCCUGCUACACUUUGAGGCUCUUAGAACCAGGACAGCCGAGGCCCUGGCAGCUGACAGCACAUUCAUGGCACUCAUUAACAGAUGUGAGGAGAGUUGUCUGCUUACUGAAAGUUCUACCAUCACAGUGACACCUAUUGAGGAAGAGUUGAUGUUGAAGAAGCCACUACAGGGUGGGCAGGUAGUGAGUUUGGAGUGGAUCAAGUCGACAGCAGAGGAACUGAACAAAGAGACUGUACAACUGAAUAGCAAGAUAGUAAAGCAGAAAACUCACAUAGAUAAUGCAAGGGAAGGUGUAAAGAGCAAGGUUGGAACAAUGAAAAUCCAGUUAAAUCAGCACCAUAAGUUGAUGUCUGAUAUACGAACAAUGCUGAAAUCCAUGUCGAAGUAUGAGGAGCAAGAUUUUGGUGUGGAGCCAAUUGAAGGUGGAAUACGUGAAUAUGUUCUCACAUAUAGGGUGUUCACAGAGAAGCUUACAUCCAUGUUGAAGCUGGUUAUGUGUGAUGACAUCACACCGGAAGUGAUGUCAGAGAUCAAUGGAAUGAUUACAUCUGUGAAAAAGCAAUUGACAUCUGUGUAUGACGGUCUCAUCAAUUUUGCCUCCCCAUUGUCUCUGGGGCAACAGGAAGUGGAAAAGACGGAUGGGCCCAGCUUUGCUACAGCAUUGAAAAAGAAUGUUGAUAAAGAUGGUGGCACCACCAAACGAGGGACUAUCACGCGGGAACUGUUGACAGCAACGCCACCUGCAACUCCCCUGAUGAACCCAAGAGCCAGCGUGGUGAGUGCUAAGAAAGUUGACAAGGUGACGCGUGACCCAAGAACUGGCAAAGCUGUUCAGGAGCGCAACUCGUAUGCAGUCAGUGUGUGGAGGAGGGUGAAGCAGAAACUCGAUGGCCGGGAUCCAGACAUAAACCAACGUUUGUCAGUCCCUGAACAGGUUGACUUUGUGAUUCAUGAGGCUACCAACAUGGAAAACCUGUGUCUACUCUACGAAGGAUGGACUCCUUGGGUCUGACAGCGCAAUAGAAAAUAUCGGGGAAAAAAUUCACCAAAAUAUCGUAGGUAAUGAAGCGUACUGCACGCGGACUGUGGAAGUGCGAUUAAGAGCAAAACCUUCAGGUACCUUGACAAGAAGCAAGUUUGUGGGCCCGGCCGUAGGGCCAUAAAUCAAGCUAUACACAUGCUUUAUACAGGCAACUGAUAGGACCAAAACUUUGCUUUUCUACCUCCAAUAUGGGAGAGGUUUGAUUUUCAUGAACCACCACAAAUAAGAUCAGGAAUAAUGAAGAUCGUUGGUGGAAGGAGUAAUUAUUACUAUGGAGAAGUUAUGUGCAUUGACCAGUUAACAUAUUACAACUAAAACAGCGAUCAGAUUCUAUGUACCAUGGGUAUAUAGUAUCUAAACAUUGCAUCUGUAUACAUUGUAUCUCUUCAUUCAGGAUUCAUAUAUGCCAUAUGGCCAACAUGCGAUAUCAUUGGUUGCUUAAUUGCAAAUAAUGGCAACAAAAUCAUUUUUUGAUAACCAAAUAUCUUUCCUAUUUGGAAAAGGUUAGACAGAAUGUGAUUUGUGAAUAUAAAAAAAUCCUGUAUGAGCCUUUUCAAACAAUGAUUCCAAGGAACAUUAUACAGCAAAAGAUUAUGGGAUUCAUAAGAUUCCUUUUUGAAUAUUAAGCAACAAAACAAUCAAAAAUAUGGGCUAAGUCUGUGUGAACCAAUUAAAGUAAAUGCUGACCCAUAACAUAGCGAUAUUAUAUCUGAUAAAAUAUCUGGACUGAUGAGUUGUAAUAUGGUAACUGUAUAUUUGCAUACCUUGUCUGAUUAUUAUUAUUUAGGGUUAUGAGUUUAUAACUAACACUUUGAGUUAGAGAAGGCCAAUAUAUUAUCUGACGAUCAUUUGCUAGAUUUACUCAUGAUGGAAUGACAUUGUUCUCAAUUUGCUUAAAUUCUUCAAAUGUAGUAGAAUUUUGACA